UCUUUUCCAACGGGAUUUCUUUCAAGACGCAUCAUCUUUUGCUGCAUUGCAUUGAUUGGAAAUUGGAGGCCUGAACGUGCGUGGAACUUUUCUUCAAAGAAUUAAUUACAAAAUUAAGUUGAUUUCUUUGUAAAAUCGUUAAUUUUGAACUAGCAUUAUGUCGGAUUUUGACAAAGCCGUCGAGGACGUUAAAAACCUGAAGGCCACCCCGGCCGACGCCGAUUUGCUGGAAAUUUACGGCCUGUACAAACAGGCAACCGUCGGCGAUUGCAACACCGAGAAACCUGGCUUUCUGGAUUUCAAAGGUAAGUCCAAGUGGGAAGCCUGGAACGGCCGCAAGGGAAUGUCCCAGGACGACGCUAAGCAGGCAUACGUGGCGAAGGUCGCCACACUGAUUGAACAGCAUGGGCUCAAGUGAGCCAAUUCUGUCGAUAACAAUGUUUUGGGAAACGCACAAAAUGAGGUAUUAACGUUUUGGCUUACGUCUGUUCUUUUUUGGGACUCUAAAUUCAAAUAAGGAAGCGCUCUGUUCGGGGAACAAAUCGCAAUAAUUUCACAGUUUAUAAACCUUUAUUGUAUAAUUUCUUACAUUGUUGAAUACCAUUUUUUAACAAAAUAUUAUUUUGAUAUUUGAAUCUCAAAGUUUUCAAAACUCGUAAACUAGGUUUAAGAAAUAAACCGGAAUAUGUGACGAUAUUUCCUUUAA